AUGAACAACGAAGAGCAGUUUCUAUACAAUAUGAUUCCAUCUUCAUCAAAUUUACAACAGACAACACGAAAAAAACGUAAACUCAAUGGACAACAACGCGAUGAAGCGACCGUACGGGAAAAACAUCGAAUGCUUAAAUUAAACAAAGCUUAUAGUCAACUUCGUUUGGUUUUACCUGUUGAAAACAAAUGUAAAUUAUCUCGCAUUGAAACUCUCCGCACAGCCGUAAAUUAUAUUCACAUACUUAAUCAACUACUUGAAAGUUAA